CCCAGUGAAAGCGGAAGUGGUAAUGUUAUGUAUAAACCCGCGCGGGAAAAGCAGUAUUUUGGUGGAAGUACAUCUGAAGAAGCGGGAGACUUUUUUCAAACCGGCUUGUUGGAAAAUUCUGUUAAUCUGUCCGAAUCAGGAUGAAGGUGGUAACUUGUGAAAUUGCCUGGCACAACAAGGAGCCAGUAUACAGUCUGGAUUUUCAACAUAACGGCGAAAGUAAAAUUCACCGCCUGGCCACGGCCGGAGUGGACACAACAGUGCGUUUGUGGCGUGUUGACAGGGGGCCAGACGGAAAGGCUGUAGUGGAGUUCCUAUCAAAUUUGGCGAGACAUACAAAAGCAGUGAAUGUAGUACGCUUUUCUCCCAUCGGAGAGCUGCUGGCCUCUGGAGGAGAUGAUGCAGCCAUCUUAUUGUGGAAGAUUAAUGAUAGUAAAGAGGUCGAGCAAACCUCAACUUUCCAGGAGGAGGAGGAUGCUCAGCUGAACAAGGAAAGCUGGAAUGUAGUCAAGACUCUCAGGGGGCACAUUGAGGAUGUGUAUGACUUGUCAUGGACAAACGAUGGGAAUUUCCUUGUUUCUGGUUCUGUAGACAACACUGCCAUCAUGUGGGAUAUUCAGAAAGGUCAGAAGAUAUGCAUCUUUAAUGACCAUAAGAGCUAUGUGCAGGGUGUAUCCUGGGACCCGCUAGGUCAAUAUAUUAGCACACUUAGCUGUGACAGGGUUAUGCGUGUGUACAGCACACACACAAAGAAAAAAGCCUACAGUGUGAGUAAAAUGGCAUCAGGCACCGCUGGAGAGGGAGAGGUGAAGAACUUCCGGAUGUUUCACGAUGACAGUAUGCGCUCCUUCUUCAGACGCCUCACCUUUACACCAGACGGCUCCUUCCUCCUGGCACCUGCCGGUUGUGUGGAGACAGGAGAGAAUGUGACAAACACCACCUAUGUCUUCUCCAGGAAGAGCUUCAAGAGACCCAUAGCUCAUUUGCCCUGUCCUGCUAAAGCCACUCUUGCUGUACGAUGUUGCCCAGUGUACUUUGAGCUCAGAACCAAGAAGCUUGAAGAUGGAUCGGUGCAGCCAUUGCCCAACACGUUCCAGCUGCCUUAUCGCUUGGUGUUUGCUGUGGCGUCUGAAGACUCCAUCUUUUUUUACGACACCCAGCAGACAUUGCCAUUUGCUUAUCUGUCCAAUAUCCACUACCACACCCUGAGUGACCUCAGCUGGUCUUGUGAUGGCUCAUUCCUGGCCGUGUCCUCCACGGACGGCUAUUGCUCUUUUGUGUCCUUUGAUGAGCUGGAGCUUGGCACCCCUCUGAAGGAGCGGCCACAGCUGGACAUCACCCCGAUCCCUGCCAGUGAGAAAAAAGGCAAGAGAACAUCAGGUAGUGGACGAAAUGCGUCACCAGUGCCCCGCACCAACCCUUCACCCAUCACACAGGAGAAAGAAACUUCAUCAGCUACAUCUGAAGAGAAGAGAACACCACAGGGCUUGAAGGCCAAAUCACAGCCCAGGCGCAUUACCCUCAACACACUGGAGGGAUGGAGCAAACCCAGCACCCCAAAAUCUCCUGUCACACCCAGAGAAACUCCCACUAGCAGUCCCAGCAUGCCCAAAUCUGCCCCUUCUACUCCUCUGGCUAGCCAGGGACAGCUUACUCCCAAAACUACCCAAACUACCUCAGGUACCCCACUUGCUCCCAUCAAUGCCAGAAACUCCACAACACCUAAAGGACCCACCCCUAGGCGGAUUUCUCUGAUACUGCUUAAACCCAACCCCAGAUCUCCAGUUUCCACUCCAUCCUCCACUGAGAAAGCCAAACACGAGAGACCAUCUCCUUCUAACGAUCCAGUGUGCAAGCCUCCCGAAUCCAAGCGGCCCAAGACUGAGGAAGCUUCAGCCCCGAGUGGCGGCAGCAGCACAUCUCAAAGCACUGAACCCUCAGUAGAGUCCAGCAGCAAGGCCAUGGAUUCUUGACCAAUAACUGAAUCUCUGUUUUUAUCCAACUGUGUUCAUCUACGUAGAAACAUCUACUGUACAAAAUGAUCCAGGAGUGUGUGUAUGUGUAUUUGGACAUGCUAACUUGAAACUAAUUCAGACACUUGCAUAAUUUGACCAUAAGGGAGCUGUAUGUGUUAUUUUUCUGGUUCAUUUUGGUAAGCUUAUUCACUUGUCUAUUUAUACUUUCAUGGUUUGUUUUGUUAAUUGAAGACAUUUCUAAAUGGUUGUCAAUCAAUUUGUCUACACUGAACUCUUCAUUGAUAUCAAAUUACCAAGCACCAACUUUGAAGGACUAAUUUUUAGAAUUUCUUUCCAUUUGCAAAGGCUCAAAGAAGGUAAUUUUCUGGAGAAAAUUUGUAUUGUCCUGUUUGCAGCAACAAAUGAAGCAGCCACUUUGUCCAUGGGAACAUGCUGAUUUGUCUGUACAGAAAAUGAAGCACAUGUGAGAACUGUGGUGGCAAACAAACCGUAAAAUGUGGAAGUCUGUUUCAGAAUGAGGGAUGUAGACUAAGCUUUUGCUGUAAACAGAAUUUCCAAAGAAUUAAUGUAAAUAUUCAGCCAUGAGUCAGCUUUAACCUUUGAGACUUCAUUUGAAUCCAAAUUUUGAAUGAAUUAGUCAUUAAAUUACUUGUCAGAGUUCUCAAAUUUCUUUUAAAGCAAUCUUAAAACUUUUCUCCCCAAAUUGUUGUCAUUAUUUACAUUUAUAGUAACACAACCAACAAGCUAUUGGCACAGUGAUUAAUUAGCACUCUGCGUCACUCCUUGGACCUUUCAAAAUUUGUUUCAUAUCCACUCCAGUGACUUGUAAGUGUCUGACAAGAUCUGUGUAAAUGUGUCACGUUCUACCACAUCCCAAAGGUGAUCUGGAUUCAGAGCCAGUGGCUGGAAAAACCUCUGAAACCUUUUUCAUGAAAAGUUACUGAGGCGACAGUUUUUUUUUUUGACGUUGAAUGAUGGAAAAUUGUGCCCAUGAAGGGGUCCAAAUGGUCAGUGACAAUACUCAAAUACCCUUUGGGGUUCAUGCGAUGUAGCAGGAAAUCAAUUCCCUACACCAUUACACUACCUCCACCAUCUUGGGCUGUUACAAGGCAGAUUUGGUCCAUGGAUUCAUGCUGUUCGAUUUCUGACCCCAUCAUUCAGCAGAAAUCCAGACUCAAGUCUGGCUAUAUUUUUCCAGUCUUCAACCAGUAUUUUUGAGCCUGUACCCAUUGCAAAGCAGGCUUCCUGUUUUUCACUAACAGAAAUGGAACACGAUGUGGUUUUCUGUUGUAGCCUAUUCGCCUUAAUGUUUGUCAUUUUGUGUAUUCUGAGUUGCAAUUCUGCUCACUGCAAUUGUUCAGAGUGGUUAUCUGAGUUACUGUUGCCUUUCUCUGGGCUUGACUCAAACUGGACAUUUUCCAUUGACCUCUCUCAUCAACAAGGAGUUUCUGUUCAUAGAACUGCUACUCACUGAUUGUUUUUUUUUUCUCUUUAUUGCAACUUUUUGAGUAAACUCUGGAGACUGGUUUGUGAAUCCCAGGAGUUCAGCAGUUAGUAAUAAAACAUAAUAGAAAUACUUAAACCAGCCUGCAGACACCAACAAUCACCCUCAAAAUCACUGAAAUUACAUCUGUUCCAGAUUCGGAGGGUUGUUAUGAACAUUACCCGAACCUGCUGGCCCAUAUCUGUAUGAUUUUAUGCAUUGCACUCUGCCCAUGUGUGAUUGGCUGAUUAAAUAAUUUCAUGAAUGAGCAGUUGUACCUAAGUGUUCCUAAUAAAGUGCUCCAUGUGUAUAA